AUGACAUUUGGCGCUUUAGAAAAUCAAAAUCCAAGUAUUUUCAAUAAAAUUACCGAGAGACCAGCGACAGAGGCAGAAAAAGACGAUUUGGUGGUAGACGAAUUCGAUAGGCGAGAAAUUUUUGACUUGAUACGAGGAAUCAAUGAUCCAGAGCACCCUUUAACACUUGAGGAAUUGCAUGUCAUUCAAGAAGAACUAAUUACAUUGGACAAUGACAAUAACACUGUGGAUGUGUAUUUCACACCUACCAUCCCACACUGUAGUAUGGCAACAUUGAUUGGACUUUCAAUAAGAGUGAAACUUUUGCGCUGCUUGCCUGCAAGGUUCAAAGUCAAGGUUGAAGUUACUCCAGGUACCCAUAAUGCAGAAGAACAAGUUAACAAACAACUUGCAGACAAGGAAAGAGUAGCUGCAGCUUUAGAAAACUCCCACUUAAUCAAAGUAAUCAACCAGUGUAUAGCACCAAGGCAAACAGCAUAGUCAUUAUGAUGCAGCCAGUGUAUUUUUCAAAGGACAAUUGUGAUAUCUCUUCAGCAUAUAGCAAGUGUUUCAAGUAUAUGCGAAAGAUAUUACGAUUUGAACAGAUGGACUUUCAGUUUGCUCUAUGGCAAAUAUUCUACUUAUUUGCUGCUCCACAGAAGCUUAUUAACUUAUUCAAAGCUAGGAAAAGUGCAAAGUACCAAUAUGCCAGAGAUGAUCCAGCAUUCCUGGUUUUAUUCACAGCAGCCUUGUGUUUCACAUCAAUUGGUUUUGCAGUUGUACUUCGACUGAGUUUCAUACAGUUCAUCAAAUUUCUUGUGUUUGUGAUAGCAGUUGACUGUAUAGGGUUGGGUAUUCUUGUAGCAAGUUUAUUCUGGUAUGUCACAAAUAAGUU